AUGAAAACGUUGGAGACAAUCGAUAAAUUAGUGGAAACUGUUGAGAAGGUGACAUCUUUUAAAAAGUGUCCAAGAUAUGACCGUCAUGGCAAUGAGCUCCCCCCAUCUACUGGUUCCUUAGAGGAACUGAUAGAAUCAGGAGAAACUCAAUUCCUUCAACUGGCAGAUGCAGCUGAAGAUAAGGCCAAAUACUUCUUUCUACUAGGAAAGAUGUAUAACUGUUGUUCAAAAUUUCGUACCAAAGCACUAGAGGCAUUAUGUAAGGCAGUUAAGUUAGACCCUGAUGCUAUCGAGGCAUGGAACGAGCUUGGGGAAUGCUAUUGGUAUCAUCUAAAUUUUGAGAUGGCAAGACAAUGUUUCGAAAGAGCUUUAGCAAAGUCUGAAAAUAAAAUCUCAUUACGGAAUUUAUCAGUUGUUGUAAGAAAACUAGGCCUCAGCAUGCCAACUGAUCUUGAAAAGAACAAAUACUUUGAGGAUGCAGCAGAUUUUGCUAAAAGGUCAGUGAAAAUUGACCCCACUGAUGGAGUUUCCUGGAGCAUUUUAGGAAAUGCGUAUCUCUCUCUAUUUUUUGGUAUCAGCUCUGAAUAUCAACAUGCUCUUCAAGCAAUAGCAGCUUAUAAGCAAGCAGAAAAAAAUUUAGAAGUCAUCGACAACUUCGAAAUAUUUUAUAACAAAGGAAUUGUCCUAAAGUAUAUUGAGCAUUAUUCUGAUGCAUUAAAUACCCUUUUGAAAACAAUAGAAUCAGAAAAAACUUGGGAUUUGUCGUUCAAUACAUAUAAUUCACUACUUCAGUAUCUGGACUUGAUUAUGAGUUAUAUUGGUCACAAAGGCAGAUUAAAGCCUAAGAAAUUUUAUGCAAUGAUAAAAGGUUUAAAUACAGUGAAGGUUGGACCAUAUUCCAAAUUUAAAUUGAUUUUCAUCAACUCUCUAGUUGAUGGAGUAAACAAGAAUUCUGUUUUGUUUGGGAAAGUUUUAUGGAGUGUACAAAUGGACUGUUCUUUUCCAUUCUCAUUUGGCUUAGUUGAUGCCAAUGGUGAUGAAGUUGUCAUAACAGUCUUUAACUUAUCUAUAGCUCAUAGAUUUUUCAUUAUUGGUGACUCAGUUGCCAUUCCAAAUCCCUGGUUUGAGGAUGUAGAUGCAUCACAUAAAGAUAAGUGUUACAAAUUCAGGAAAGUCAGGGUAGAAAAUCCUACGGAACUGGUUGUUAAUGAUAAGCAGUUACCUGACUCAUGCUUUGCGAAGGUCAAAUUUGAUACACUGCCAAUGCAGUUUUGAGAUCCUUAAUGUUUUAAAAAUAAACCAUUUGUCUUACUUUUUUCAUAUAGUUUAUAAUGUGAAUUUUUUAUUGAUGAAAAUAUAUAUUUCUUUAUAAAAUGAG